UAAAAACACAUUCACACAGGUAAAAGCCAUUAUUGUGAAAUUAAUAGAGUUACUGGAAGAACGGUGCAGAGAAAAAACUGAAAUUCUGAUCAAAAACAAAAGCAACAAAAUGGUGUUUCUGGAGUGUUUCAUCAUGGGGCUGAUUGCCUUUCUUAUGACAGGAGCUCGAUGUGAGGUCAUUGAGGUGUUUGCUGAAGCAGGCUCUCAGGCUGUCUUACCUUGUAAAUCUAACACUUUGUUUCCCACACCUUCCACUAUCGUCUGGAGUAAAGACAAUGAAGGCACUGUUUGGAGAAAGCAAAAGAGCGGUCUGCAGUACUGGGGUUCUAAUUGGGUAAAGAAAGGAAUCCAACGGGUACAAUGCCCCCACUACCAGUUUGAAAGAGGUGACUACAGCCUUCAAAUCAAUGACUUGAAGGAGAAUGAUGGAGGGGUUUACUCCUGCAGAGUGACACUUGGAAACAUUGUUUCUGAAAACGUGGUCAGACUCAGAAUCAUUAAAGUGUCCGUCUCCCAGUCAUUUCCCAUAUGGGGGAGCGACGUUUCAGUCACUUGUGACGUGACUCCUUGGCCAUAUGGGGCUUCUGUUCAGUGGAUGCUGAACAACAACCUAUUUGUAUCUCGGAGUAUCAUCUCAAACAGAAAUACCCCUAAAAGCACUGUGAGGGAAAAGGCAACUGCAAGGCUGACGGGAAACUGGACCUGCGUCGUGGGCUUUAAAGGCAAAGAGGGGCGAGCUUCAGCAGUUCUGUCUGUGCAAGGAUUCAUCCAACCAUCCACCGACAACACCAAGGUGUAUGUUGCUGUGGGGUCUGCAGUCACACUCCCCUGUGUCUUCUCCCCUGGUUUAACCCCAUCUUCACCAGGCUGGGAGAAACUAAAACCCGGGUCUCUUUUUAAACCUAUUCCUGGCCAUCUUCCUCUGUCUUUCUCUCAAUCCUUGUCAUCGUCUCAGCAUUCCUGGGACAGGUCUGCCAGUUUGAAAGAGGUUGGGUUUGAGGACGAGGGCAGGUACAGAUGCUCUGGGACCCUGCAAGGACAAAGGCUGACUCGAAAUAUGCAGCUUGUUGUUGCCAAAAUCAACAGCAACAUAUCAAAGAAAAAAGGGUCUGUGACGCUGACUUGCCAACUGUCUGACACCACCGAGGUCACCGACUAUGAAUGGGUUCAAGUGACCUAUGAUGUCAACGGUACUCAGUCAGUUGGGUCCAGCCACAAGGGGAAGACUUUAAGUAUCAGCAGCAUGUCGGAGGAGAAAAGAAGCGAGUGGACAUGUCGGUUUUAUGGGAAAGGAGGCAUUUUGGGAAACAUAACAUAUCACGUUCCACUGAUGAGUGGUCUGAGUGGACAAAAACAAACAAACUCUUCACACAACACUGCUGCCGUGAUCGGGCUCAGUUUUCUCCUGGUUAUCCUGCUACUGAUUCUGGCUCAGAUGUACAAGAACCACCAAAGGAGGAAAAAGGCCUUUCAGUACCCUGCAAUGGAGACAAUUGUUCAUAACAUUUCCAAUGAACGGGAGGAGAGAGCAAAGCGCCAAGUGAAAAAGUAAAGAUGGAUUAAAACAGUGGCAUCGCAGGAAGAAUUUCACAGUGCUAAACUGAAAUCUAUCUUGUUCAUGCCUGCAGUAUACUGGGAGACUCUUUUUUGCACAGGUGUUGUAAAUAUUGAGCAGAUGUUGUAGCAGCACUGUUAUCAUUGUUUCAAAAAUAUAUAUAACUGAACUAUUGUAUAUUAUAUAGUAUAUUAUCCUG